CGAACGUUAAGAAGCGGUUUGUCCUCGUACAUAACGAUAUUCAAAAAGUAAUUUUGAAUUUAAUUUAUAAUACGCACUUGAUAUUAACAAUAUCCCUACUACAACAUAUUGGUGGAAUCAUUGGAGUAUAAAAGAGCAUGUCACAAUCGGAUCACAACGUCAGUACAACCUUUGACAAGGAAAUGUCAACAUCGAAGAACAACUCAACGCUUAGACUCAAUCAAGAGGGUGCUGUUGCACAAGAGAGAGAUUAUGAUCGUGAUUCUGAUUCCGAAAUGAGUGAGAAUGAUUUUUUGACAAAGGGAGCAUUUUUACUCACACCCAGUCAUGAAUUGACAAUGGAAAAAGCCGCAACCAUAUGUGACAAGAUGAAUUUCCGUGGUGCUUUCUCGCUAACGAAAACAGCAACGGGAAUUCUCUUCAAGUUCAGCAACAUCGACGACUUUCAAGCGGUUUAUAAGAAGGGCUUUCACAAAGUCACUGGAGCAAGAUUCUACAAGAAAGUUGCAAUACCAUGCAGACCAGCUAAAAUAUUCACGGUUUAUGUACUUGAUGUACCUGAGGAAUUGCCCGAGGACGAUAUAAGACAUGCACUGUACAAAUAUCGCUCGGUUGUUGAGGUCAUCAGGUUGCCGUUAAAUACAGCAACUGUUUUGAAAGCCAUCAAUGAUAAAUUAAAGGGCGACACCCAGAAUGCAAAUGAACCAUCAACAAUCUACACCGGUCCACCGAUAAUACGAGUCACCCUUGCCAGUGUUGAAGAGACAUCAAUGCUACUAAGUCGUGGACUAGACUUUUAUGGUGCCACAUAUUUUCCAACAGAAUCCCCUAAUCCAGCGAAUCCAUCACUCGCUAAGUAUAAAAACAGCAGUUUCAUCAUGUGGAAUUCUGACAACAGAUGGUUGGAGUUGGCUGCUGUUGGUGCUGGUCAACGUGUACGUGAUCUUCUCCCUGUAUUUGAUAACUCUGGCUUCACAAAAUUGCCACCACCAGCAAGCCGAAUCAUCAAGCCUCAGCGAAAUUGAUGGAAAACUAAAGCCAACCCUGACCCGCGAGACCAUGAAUAAUCGGACAGGACACCUGAAUGAUCGAAUUACAACAAUAAAAGCAACCGUAAAAAUUAUCUUAAUCCUGUGGAGGCACAUCGAUGUCAAACAUGCAUCACGCCUUAACGAAAAGAUUAUUAACGUUUAGUGGUUUGCAAUUAAGAAAGCCAUUUAUAUUCACGUUAUCCCUCACUACCUCCCAUCGAUCUGCGCGUACAAAACUCGAGUGGUAACUUGGAGAAGUAACUGUUCCUGACAAGUGGCGAAUAAUUAGGUGGUUGCCUGUUCUAGAAUUCCAAAUACGUUAUCAUGUCCCAUAAAUAUAAAUGUGUUUAUUAAAUUUUGUUGAGUUAACGGAUUAAUUCAGAUGAUGGUGUCACGUAGUUUCGAGAGAGUUAUCACCCCCCGAUUAUUAUUAUUAUUUAUUAUUAUUACUUUUUCUUCUGCAUGGAUUAUUAAUCCCAUAUCGAGCUCAACCCAAAGAAUUGCAUGGAUUAUUAAUAUUUAUAUUAACAAUUCUGUUGAAAAAUCAUUUUCUUCCAUGUCCUGAUUCAAAUCGAUUUGUCGAUCGAUAGUAAUUUUUUUUUUUCGUUGAAAUUCCCGGAAUGCUAUCGAUUUUCGUGUGAUAAUUUGGUUUUACGGUGAUACUAAUUGCGUGCGAACAAAGUGAUAAAAAAAUCUAAUACUUCGACCAAACGAAAGGUCAGAAUGUUUGACACAUCGGUAAUUAGGUCUUGAGUAUGUGUUGUGUUCCUAGAAUUGAUAAUUCGUGUUUAUUUCAGGAUUGGAAUUUCACCGCCAUCUUGAUCGUAAUUGAAAUCUUCCGAUUGUUAUAUUCUCCUCUGAGACGUAAUUACCGACAUGUCGCAGAUCAUGACCUCCCAUUUCAUCGCAAAAUCAGAAUUUUCAUACAGUUUAGUGACGAUAAUUACUAUUCCCAUAAAACCAAAAUAUCCCAAUAAAAUCCCGGGGAUUCCCGUGAUUCCAGCGGGAAAAAAUCACUAGAUGUGAAGAAGGCCGGGCCUUAAUUACCCCUUAACCCCUUCCGCAAAAGGAAAGAGGGAAAAAAAAAGGAUGACAAAAUCUAAAUAAAGAAUUCUCUCCCGUUC